AUGAGCGAUUUCCAAAGCUACCUCCCUGCUCUGGUGCAAGAUCUCUGCGAAUAUGCCACGGCAAUGGGCCUGGGCCCAGAACUGGUGGAAAGCUACCGUAAGGCCAUCGAGUACAACACCACGGGUGGAAACUGCCGCCGGGGGAAGUUCGUAGCCUCGACUUCCUCUAUCCUCGUGGACCGCGAGCUCUUCACAACCGAAGCCCUACAUGCUAAUGUGGUGGGUUGGUGCGUUGAGCUCCUCCAGGCCUACUUUCUCAUCACCGACGACCUGAUUGACGGGUCCUCAAUGCGCCGCGGCAAGCCCUGCUGGUACACAUUGGAGGGGGUUGGACAGCUAGCAACCAUGCACGCCAGCCUCCUGCACAGCGGGAUCUUCGUCCUGCUUCAGAAAUACCUGGGUCGAAACCUAGACAUGUACCAGUCGCUCGCCAACCUCUUCCACGCCGCGACCUUCCAGACCGCCGCGGGCCAGAUCUCCGACACUGUGGCGGCCGCGGAGCGCCAGAAGGGUCUCCUCACCCAUACCAUGGACCAGUACCGCACAAUCGCCCAUACCAAGACGGGAUACUAUACCUUCUUCCUCCCGAUUGCGCUGGCGCUGACCUUGCACGGACGGGAUUCCCCGGAGAACCUGGCCGCGUGCAUGCGGCUCGUCACCCCUAUGGGGGAGCUGUACCAGGCCCAGGAUGACUACUUUGAUAACUACAGUUCGCUGGCAGUCCUGGGGAAGGACGGCACGGAUAUCCGCGAGGGCAAGUGCUCGUGGUUGAUUGUCACGGCGCUGCUGAAGGGCGACGCUGCGCAGCGGGCGGUUCUCGAGCGGGAGUAUGGGCUGGCGGAUCCGGUGGCGGAAGCGAGGGUUAAGACGGUCUAUGAUCAGCUGGAGUUGCCGCGUGAAUUCGAAGAGUACCGGAGCAGACUGAUUGGUCGGAUUGAGCAUCUAAUCGGGGCGCUAAGUGAGGAGAGUGGGUUGAAGAGAAGGGUAUUUGAGAAUUGUUUGGAGACAAUUCAGGAUCGCAGUAAGUGA